AUGCCACUCGCUUCGAAUGAUUCGAAUGGCGUCCCAAAACUGGACUUAUCUAAUCCUCAAGCUCAAGUUCUCUUUCCUUGCGGAUAUUACACUUACGCAUUUGGAAACACACCGGCCAUUGAAUUAACAGAGCACUUCGGGACUUCAAAAAAAGACGGCAAUUUGAAUUUUUUAUUACUUGGCUCAGGAGAUGUCCGAAAUCUUCUGUUUACUGUUUCUGAAUUAUCGUUACGAAGCCAAGACGCUAUUCCAGAGAACUUGUCUUUUCACCUUAACGACCAUGACGCAUCGGUGGUCGCUCGAAAUGUUAUCAUUUUGGAGAUUGUGUUGUCAAUCGAUCCAGACUGUGAAAGGGAUGUGGACUUUUUGUGGAACGUUUGGUACAACCUUAUAAUUCCAUUUGAACAUUUUAAGCGACUUCAAGCGAUCAUGGACAGUCUUAUGUCACGAGCAUAUGAGAAAAGUUAUUUACAGUUUGGUUCAAGGGAUGUGUUUACACAGAGUCUGAAUAUAUGGACAGAUUGGAUGGACAUGAAUGUUAAUCUUCAAGACGUUCUUCUACAGCGACAGAAACUGAUCCUGUUUGGGCUUAACCUGGCAGAUCCUGACGAUAUGGACGAAGAAGAAGACUAUGCUAAUUUUAUCAGUGCGGUAACGUCCCUUACUAACACAGUUGUUAAACAACUUUUAUCACCGUUUGACGAGCAAAAGCUUGGUCGAAAAUGUUUUCAAAAAUCAGGCCCGAUAUAUCAAGAAAUCUACUCUUAUUUUUUAAGUGGCAGCACAUGGCAACAUAACACUGAUCCAAUCAGAGUCAAUCCCACCCUUAUUCGUCCAUUUGAGCGCAAAUGGAAGGUGCAUUAUGGGAGUUGUCCGUUUUCUGGUUACAUUCCUAUCGACGGGUCAGUAAUUCACUGUCUACUAGUUUUGAAAAUAACAUGUAAACACAAUGAGUGUUCUAAAACUCAGAAAGAAUGAUUUCUGAGCGUCGCUAGCUUUGGUAACAUUGCCAAGGUUGCGCUGAAUUCCUGCUACGUUCGAGAAAACAGACGAUUUUGAUUUUGUUUUUUGGUUGUGUCACAGAAUGAGAAUGACCGUUAAUGAUAUAUGCCCCUCCAAGUCGCAUUUCCUUCACAUGUUACACAUGCAUGUAUAUGCUUAAUCUUUUAAUUCCAGUAUCAACCAACGACGACCUGAUAUUAUCGUCAUUAACUUUACUCUAUUUGAUAUAUUUGUAAAACUAAAGCUUUAAUAAACUGUAAUCCACUUGUCAUUAAAUAACAUUUUAGUAUUCACUGUCGCAGCGUGAGCAUUAUAAUUCAAUGUCAGAGACUACGACGUACAAACCUUUCAAAAUUUUCGAUACUAUAAACCAGUGCUAUUUCAUUUUGACAAUGUUUUAAUACGACUAAUGUUACUCCUGCUCCCCCAGAAUAUAUUUUACUAUAAAUAGACAACCUGCACCCAACAAGUGAUCAGUAAUACUCUACUGUCACGUGUUAUUUUUUUCACUUUCAGGAACCUACUUGGAAACUGCAAGAGUGCUACUAAAGCAUGCAAGGAAAGGCUGAGGAAAUUGGUUGAGAAUUUUCAAAACUUCGGUCGAUCUAAAUGUGGAACUCGCUCAAUUAAGGUGCAUAACUUUAAUUUUCUCAAAAGCUCCGUAUCAGUGUUACUUUUAGUUUAUUUGAGUUUAACCAAUCAGAAGACAGCAAAGCAAAGGUACCAAGAACGUUUGACCAACACAUUAGAGCCAUUUAUACGAGGAAAAAUAAGACGCGUCUUACAUAAGAUGCGUCUUAAAUAAGACGCGAACUUUCCGUAUAAACGGCACAUUUCGUCUAAAAUAAGACGCGGCUUAGCUAAGACGCGUCUUAUUAGAUAAGACAUGCUCGUAUAAAUUCUCUAUUUUCCAAUUGCCCAUAAUACACUCUGUUUGCCCCCCAAAUUCUGCAUAAACCAUUGUUUUUAAAUGAUCCUGGGAGUAUUGCAUUUUCCCAAGAGCAUUUUAAGACAAUAAGUUAUGCAAAAUUUGGGAGGCAAACAGAGUGUAUUAUGGGCAGUUGGAAAAUAGUCAAUGGUACAGUUCGCGUCUUAUUUAAGACGCGUCUUAUAUUUCCUCGUAUAAAUGGCCCUAUUGAGGUAAAAAAAACGUGGCUGUACUAUUUUGGCGAAUGCAUGGUGACCAAUCACGCGGAUAGUCAAAGGCACAAAGACACACAGGACACCUAAAUGACACAGGGUAUCCAAACACAUGACACACACAAAGUACUCAAGACAGUGACAAUUACGCAGAGAACCCAACACAAUGAUGCGCAUGCAUUAGGAAAACGGGACUGCCAAACCAAUGACGCAUACUCAGCAGGCUGGAAGUAGGAAUUCACGUGGCGAUGAACAGGACCACGGUCCACACAAAUUAGUAUGCCAUUUAUAUGAUGAGCAUGAUAUUUCAUAAUUAUUUUUUACCAUUUUUAGGUAACAUUUUGGAACGGAGAUGCCUUGGACUUAUGCAAUAGGGGAUUGUCAAAAGAUAUGUUAUUUGAUGUUAUUGACACAAGUAACCUCAGCGACCACAUUGGCUUGUUAAAUAUUCUUGUGUGCUGUGCAAAAAGACUGAAAGAGUAAGUAAAUCUUUUCUCAUGCCUCUGUUUCAAAGCGAGGCGAAGACCUAAGCUAUUGAUAUGAAAAUGAUUUGUCAUUCCCAAGCCGAUAUAAAACUCAUUUUCACAAGAAAGGUUUUGCGCUAGGUCUCGUUUUUAAAGUGAGAGUUUUUAGAACUCGGUAAUGGCCUAUUCAGGCUUUUCCCAGUUCUAAAAGACAAUGCACGUGCAGGGUGAGUACCGUGACUGGCAGUCAAAAGUGGAAUAUUCACGGUACAUCACGAGAAAGCACAAAUAAUAGUUUAUCCUAUUUACUCAUUAUGACCAGGUAAAAUGAGGUAAAGUCAAAGAAGGCCACUUUCAAAAUGAUCAAAUUUUCACGGUGCCAAUUGUGUUCAUUCCUUUCAAGACCAGGUCAGUCCCAGCUGAUGACGUCGACAAUGUUAUGGCGAGCAUCUGGUUUGUGUAGUCUUCAAGAGUAUUUACACUACAGUCUUGGUAUGGCGCAAACUCUCUAUCCCACUGUACUUGGAGUCAAGUUGGCUGAAGACCUAAACCUUGGAAAGAGGUUUGUACUUUUAAUUGUCAAACAACAUAGUUUGGUAUCCAAGAAUCUUUUUAACGUCAACAUUCCGAAUCGGAUUAUUACCUGAACACAUGCGACUCUGCGGUUGAUGUCCAAUUUAUCCACAACGUUGGCAUCAUAAGUCUGACUCUCGGAUUUUAGAAAACCUCUAAAAGUAAACUGUUUAUCGUGAAAGGUAUGUUUUGCGGGGUAAGCUAAGAAGGAAGCAUUAGAGAAUUGAUCGAGAACUGAUUUUUAUCAGUGCAACUAUUACAAUCCAAUCAAUCGGUUUAUUCCAAAGACAUACUUCUAAUUAAAAGAAAAAUGUUUUUUGGCCCAAGUGUUUAUCAUGCAACUGAUGACCUCAUAGGUGAUAGAAUGUUUUCUCUUUCAGCGACAUCCUUGCCCUUAAGGAGGAGCGACGAGUAGUGGAUAGGUUAGUCUGGGUAAGAGCUGAGCCAGAAAGAACACCCAUUUCUCUUGGUAAGUUCCCUUUUUUCUUCAAUCCUUGAGAGUUUCGUCCGCCUGCUGCAACAACAGCUACUGCGAGAAAUGAAAUAUGUAUCUAUUUGAUGUUGAACGUUUGUUUUCGUUUUUAGACCGUUCCCCAGACAUUCUGGACGCCCUGAAGAACAUGGCAUCUCGUUGCUUUAGACUGCCUUCACCCAGAGAACGAUGCCUGCAGCUAAGCGGUGUGACUCUUUCAUCACCCUUAACAUUUUUCGUAGCAUUUUUGCAAUCAAUGGAAACUCUUAAAGAAUCGGGUGAGUUAAAGGGACUGCCAGGACUGUCAUUGACUAUCAUUGACUAUCAUUGAUGUGGACCGUGUAACGCCUAGCUUUUAUAUACUCUAUUUUGAGUUAAAAACGUUCACUUUUGGUAAAGCUGUAACUUUACUGUAAAGCAUCGGGCCAGGAAAGGAUUAAUUGACCUAUAUUUCCUCGGUCUAUGGAUAAGACCACCAAAUAAACAUAACACCAUUCUCCUGUGAAAGUUAUCUUAACUAAUUUUUAUCAUUUAUCGAUUUUCUUUUAAAGCUGAGCAUGUUUUGUCACACGUAGAAGAGUCAUUGCCAGCAGUAAGACUUUUUAAAAAGCGAGCCUGUUCCAAGCUCUGCGGUCUCUCAUGGAAUGCUCUCAAGUGCUUGUCAGGAUUAUUAAAAGGUAUUAAUGGCUAAAACACGAAAAAGAGUGUUUCAUCACGUUGUUCAAAACGCCUACAAAUGAACUGCAAAACAAGGCACUUUUUAUCAUUACAAUUAAUUUACAUGCCUCUAUAUACACUUUAAAAUGCAUGUCUUUCCAAAGCAUUCACAUUAGGGCGGAGGUAGUGUUUGAUGCCGAGACCGAAAAAUAGUUCAUUCAAUGCAUGUUUGACAAAAGUAUCCUCUUUUAACCGUGUCCGAUUUAUAAGAAAUGACUGGUUUUUUUUUUCUGAAACAAACAGGUGCCGUUUUAAAAGUGGAAGUGCAAGUCAGGUUUCCUACCAUUGGGCUGUCACGCAAUACACCUGUAAUGCAAGCAGUCGUAUUUGAAGAUCCCAGUGAUUCGAGAUUUCUUAGCGUGUGGCCAGUUUCUCAGGUAAAGAAAAAGUGUACGAAGACAUUCGAACAGUUUACUGCACCAUCCUUCCCAAAUAACACAAAUUUGUCUCAUACAACUGAGGUUAAGAGGACAUUGGUUGGUCUUUGGAGACUGUUAGAACUACUCUUUUUUUAAAGAUUUUAGACCCUUUUUGUGUGGUGCCGUGUAUGGAGUUCCGGCGGUUCUCGAAAAGACGUUUUGUUAGUUCGGGAGCCUUUUGAAAUGAGUUUUGGUUUGGUCUUAGUGGUAUUCCUGGAUGAACAUGAGUUAUUUUCUUACAUGUUCAAGUCUUUUCUUAUAAAUUCCAUAUGACUAAAGCGUGUUUCUUUUUCUUUCUUUUUCAGUUGGAGCAAAGAACAUUUCACAGACCAGUUCACCUUUUUUACAACAACGUGCGUUACGACCCUGACAAAGAAACGGCAAGCCUCUUGGUGUUUGAGACCGAUUGGGAAACUCUUGACCCUGAGUCGGUUCUUAUCUUAAUCAGCUCCACUAUUUCUUGCAUCUCAAACGUAGUGAAAUUAAAACAUAGUUGCAAAGCCAUGGAGAACGAUGUAUGCUGCUUUACGAACAAAGGUUUGAACACGGACAGUGGAAAAAGGGACGUUAAACAAACAAUUCUUCCCCAAAAACGCAAAUCGCGACUUGCAAGAAAUAUUUCUUGUGUCAGUGUAAGUUGUAUGAGUGACACAAGCAGAAGAGGUCUUCAAAACUACGACAGCUGUUAUCGGCUAGAUAUUCUUUCUAGCCAAGAUCUAGUUAUUCACAAUUCUGGACAUAUGCAUAGUAGUGAAGAUUGUUUGGUAUCAUUGGACAAGAAGCCUGUGCAUUUGUUUAAAUCGGGAGUCGAUUCCUCAUCUUUCCAACUAAAUGAUGACGUUGUACUUGAAAAUAAGCUUGUUAAUGACGUCAGUCUUCAUAAUAGAGGAUACGCCAACGACCAAGGAGAAAGACGUGUGAAAGCAAAGACGGAAAGAAUGGACGAUAUUGGACUUAGCGACGUACUGCCUGUAGUGAUGUCCCAAGCUACAAAGACUGACCAUCUCCAGGUACGUAUCAGUCAGUAACAUGAGGUGGAUAUUUAUUGUCUCAUCAUUCUUACACUUUCAAGCAGACACCUUACCCGAAAUAGAAACGUAUCAAGGGUGUAUAUUUCUCGGCAAUGUUUACAGCGUCUUUGGGUGGCACUUGUUAAAAAUGUGCGCAUACCUUGAACCUGGACGUGUAACUACAUACAGGGAAGGGGGAUAAGCCUAUUUCUUGUAUCAUCAUCUUCCAAAUGGGCACUGCUCUUGCUUGCUAUCAUGUUUUCACGCUUGAGAAAAAAGCCCCUCCUUCAUAUCGGCUGCUUAUCGCCAGUCUGACUACUGCAAUUUCUUUAGCAUGACAUUUCGGAUGUUGCUCUCAAUAGGGAGCUUAAGCAACAACGUUUUUGAGCGACGCACGUCAACCGGAAGUGGCCUUUUUUGAUUUUUGGACGGUGGUUUCGCGCAAAUUUUCAGUCAAAUCGCCUCUAUAACAGUAAAGAAGCUAAGGAAUACAAAUUUUAUAUCAUCAAGGCAUGUUAAGAGGGAAAAUACCUCACUUCCGGUUGACGUCCGUCGCUCAAAAACGCCUUUGCUUAAGCUCCCUAACGUCUUUGACGUUUCCUUUUAAUUGCAGCUGCUGGCCUUAGAGGAACAUUCCAUGUGUUAUAACGCAGAUAUAAAGAUUAUAACAACAGCUAACACGGUCUCCCUCUCAGAGUGUCCCAGAGUGGAAUAUCACCCCAUAGAAAUGCCUACUGCUGUGGAAAUUUCGUUUGAUAGCAAAAGGUAUUAAACCCUUAAAAAGCACAGCACGUUUAUGUUAAACCAGUAUCCUAUCAAUUGAUAUUGAAGUGCUUUGUCCUUGCUAAAUUGUGUCUUUGAAACAGCAUUUUUGGUUAUAUAUACAUGUAAUUCGUCCUUCCUGAAUUGCGCCUGCAAAACAGCAGUUGGUUGUAACAUCAAUCCUUGUACGCCUAUUUUCUAGAAAACCACUGACGCUGUACUUUUCUUCUCCGGUGGACGACAAAUCUUCCAAAGUCCAAUUACUAGCCGACAAGCACCGCCUAAGAUGCCACUUUCCUAAGAGUCAACUCGGUGUACAGGGGCGAGCUUGCAUCAAAAGACCAAAAACGAUUGACCUUGCUAGUCUUUCAACGUGGAAUGGAACGAAAGAUUUAAAGUAAGUCAAUCAUAAUGCAUAGUCCAACAGAACGAAAGUCAUCACAAACGUCCAUUUCAGUACUGUCUCCAUGUUUAAUGGAAAUGUAGACGCGUAAAACUCCCUUUAGCUUUUUCCAACGCAUACGAAAAUCACAUCGAAGAAUCCAUGCCAAAAAACUAAAUGAGUAAAGAUAAAGCCCAAUCAUCAUCACCUGUUACCUUUCCUUCGUUUUUCAGUCUUCUGAUGGUAUUCGCCCAAACAGAUAAUAAGGACUCACACCCCGCUUUUUUGAUUCUAAAAGAGCAAGUUAGUUCUCUAUCUAGAACCCCCUGAAACGUUAUUUCAAGGCCUGUUUUUGACCAAACCUAUGGGAUACCCGUUUUAAUUGAUCCAAUAUUGUUUUUGACUCUAGAGGACCUUCUUUUCUUUCUUGAACUUCCUUGGACAUUAUUUUAAAUUCAAAAAGGUCUAUAAAAUAGAGACAAAUUUCAAGGAAUAAUUUAAUGGGCCAACUCCUUUGAAAAAUCCAAUAUGUUGACUAUGUAAAAUUGAUUUGUUUUCAGUUCAGUUAAAAUCUCUUUUCUAACUAGAUUUUCCUUAGCUAUUAUUUCUGGGCCUAGGCAAGAAUCCUUGCCAAAAAACUGUAUUUACACAAAAAGCUCAAAUCAUAAUCACCUUUUUACCUUUGUUUUAUAAGUCUUUUGAUGGUCCUCACUCAACAAGAAGAUGAUGAGGGUUCACCACCUGAAGAAAAGAGAGACUUCCAAGAACUACAAAAUGCUCUGCGCUGUAUCAUUGUAUCAUUUCUACAGUAUCCUCAGGUAAAAUCAAUAAUGUUAUGAGAAAUUAAGUUGAACGGGUACACGUAAUUAAAGAAAUUGUCUUUAGAUCAAUGAUUCGUGAAUGGCCUAAUGAAAUAAACGUUUCUGUCAAAACUAAGGUAUGGUUAUAGUACUGAGUGGAGUGUAAUUCAGGGAGUAAUCAGGCGAGUUAUUUAAAGUCGGCCGAGCGCAAACGAGCUUGAUUACCCUGAAGUCCAAUUAGCAGUUAUAGAGUACCGAAGUGAUGACGUCAUAAAAAUGAAAUUUGUGAAAUUAUGGGAUUUGUUAAGAUAUUCUGAAAGAACAACGUCCAAGACGCCUACUCGCCAAAAAUUAGCAAUUUGAAGCAAAUUGUCUCUGAGAUAUUAGCCCAGUUAUGCUCCGAUGACUCCAUACAAAUCCUUCUAAAUCUUACCUGGUUCCUAAUCUUAUGAACCAAGCCAAAUUUAGAAGGAUUUGUAUGGAAUCGUCACAGCAUAACUGGGCUAAUAUCUUAGAGACAAUUUGCCCCGAAUUGCUAAUUUUUGGCGAGUAGGCGUCUUGGACGUUGUUCUUUCAGAAUAGCUUAACAAAUCCCAUAAUUUCAGAAAUUUCAUUUUCUAUGACGUCACACUUCGGUACUCUAUUAAUUUUGUCAAUAAUAAAGUGCGAGAAUCUCAGCUUACAGAUUCUAAAGAAAAAACGUGGCUUGUGACUGUUCUAAACUAUUUUAAAUACAUUUUUGAAAAUGAAAAAAUAAAAUGUGUCAGUCUGAAGGUCGAAAACUUGUCCAGUACGUAAUUGUCUAGCAAUAGUGAUGCUCAAUUUUCAUUGGCUCUUCAACUGUUCGAUUUGACCUAUCAGAUUACAAGCAGCCAAUCGGACGGGACAAAUUGGACAGUUAACGGCUGCUUAGAACCAAUCAGGUUCGAGAAUUUUGUUAUUGACGCAAUAAGAUAUUGAUUCAUCUCCUUUUGUCGGCUACUUUCACUUUGUCGCUUUUUUAAUUUUACAGAAAAACAGAUGUUUUACCAUUCACGUGCCAAGCGACACAGACGCAACCACGCCCAGCCUCACUUUGGUCGUACAUGACGUAUUCUCUCAUAACUACGUUCCACUGGUCAAAGUUUUGUUUUGUGAUCAUAGUGUGAUCAGCUUUCCUUUAGAGGACGCGCGAAAUUCACUGAGUGCUGCUAAAUACAAAGAGGUUUUGUUGGAAGUAAUGGCAAACAAAGAGGAAAAUCCCAUGAUACAUAUGACCAGUAAGGUAAAUUUAAAAAUAAAAUUAUAGUCGAAAAAGGUUAAUGCUUGCAGUACUUCUUAAAUUAACUUUUUAAAAGUCUUCGGAUAUUCUACGGAAAUCCAGUACUCGAUUUAACCCUAAUAAUGGCAAGAUUCGAUAACAGUCAACAAAGUGUUUAUGUCUGAGGUGUAUGAUAGCGACAUCGCACAUUCUCAAAGAUUUAAUCUUCAAUGGGUAAAUAAACGCAUUAAAGAUUAUAGGUACAGGGAGAAGGAGUGGAGUGUAGGGCGAGGGGAUUUGGGCAUAAAAAGAGUAGUGUCGGAUGCAAAACUCCUUUCCUUUUCAAAUCAAAUUAGGGUGAAGAUCGAAGUGGUAUCAUCCCCUGUUUGAAGAGACAACAACAUGACUUGCUUUUCCAUUGACGCCCAUGUCCUUAACUAGUUGACAUUUUGCAGGGACAAAUGCUUUUGAAGACGCUACUGUAUACCAAUGCAAAGAGAGUAAGGCAAACUGAAAGACUCGCACCCGUGUGGACCACGUCGCUGCUACAACUGAGAUUUUAAUUAUGAUCCAAGAGGAGACAAGUUUGCUGUGACGCUUUAGUAAACAGAAGCCAGAACUCAGAUGUGGAGUUACACGAUCAAGUUGUUGUAAGAUUAAGACAUCGAAAAAACGCUUACUAUGGCCAAGAAAGAGAGACAGUGCUUAUUUUUUUUAUUAGAUUCUAUUUUAAUCUAUUUAAUCUAAUUUUGUCUAGGGUUGCAGGCAGCCAUAUUUAUGACAGAAAUAGUGUUAUAUCAAUUUAUAAUUAUAUU